GGCACUGAAAACAGUGGUCGCUUUCUGGCCACACUCGUAAACACUAGUGGACGGCGUGACUCGCAUGUGCUUUUUUCUUGUUUGUGUAUGUUAAAGAAAAACCCAUUCGUACUUGAGCAUAGAAAUUAUGUGGUAGAAACAUUGUAACAAUAUAAAUAUUACAGUGAAGAACUCAAAUCCACCAUCCCAUGUUUUGAAGAAUGACUUUCAAGACAAUUAAACGUUUUAAACUGGAGUUGGACGAGCCGGACGAUGCUGUGUAUGCCAGCGGCGAGAUAGUGUCAGGACAGGUCGUUUUAGAGCUCAACAGGGAGACGAAAGUGUACUCCAUGAAGGUCAUUGGAAGAGGGGUUGCCACUGCCCACUGGCUUGAGGAUCACAGUGUGGGCAUGAAUGCAGUUUACAACGACUACACCUCCAAGAUCACCUACUUUAGGAAGAGACAACAUCUCAUCCGAGCUCUACAUGACACUGAAAGGUCCACAAACAGCCUCCAAACAGAAUGAUGAUGUCAGAUGAUGAAUUCUAAUUUCUAACAGCAGCUGAAGAAUAUAGGUGCAGGUCAGCUGCACCAAAAUGCACCAUUUUAGCCUACUAUAUAAUAUUACAUACUACAUAAUGUAUCAGCUAUUGUAAGAUAAUUUUGCAAUGCUUCUUUCAAUAAUUAAAUAUAUCAGUC